AUGGAAAUGUCCUCCGAGUCUGACGAGCCUCCCAGCUCGCCAUCCGCGGUGGCGCCAUCGCAGUCGGAAGAAAUCCGGCUGGAUCCGGACCAGCAGGCCGCCUACGACGCCGCUUGGCACGCCUUGACGCAAAGCCUAACGACCGAUUUGGAUCCUCCACCACCCACGGUUGUUUCACUGGAUGAUCCGAAUCGUGCGGAUCGGGACGCCGACGAAGAGGACGCUCCGCCCGUAGCCUUGGUCACUCCCAUGCGCGGUCAUCACGCACUCUUCCGAGCCCUCGAACGACUCGAAGGGAAUGACAAACGCGAAGAAACCCUGGUGACGCGGGCCCCUUUGACGAAUACUCUCACGAGCGUGGUUUUGCAGGAUUCGUACACGGACAGCGCGGCGGCGCUGGCGGCCUUGCAAGCGGCGGGUUCCAGUUUUCCGCGCAAGGUCUGUCAACAUCCGUUUCGGAAAAACGAUAUCGUCUGGGUCUGCCGGACCUGUCAAGCCGACGAAACUUGCGUUCUUUGUCACAACUGUUUUUCCCAGUCGAAUCAUGAAGGUCACGACGUUGCCUUUUAUCACGCUCAAGCCGGUGGUUGUUGCGAUUGCGGAGAUCCGGAUGCUUGGGACCCCGACGGGUUUUGUCCCCACCAUGGCCCCAACGCCGUAAACGCCAGUGAUGCGCGGCUGCCGGAAGGCUUCACGCAUCGGGUCCAAGGCGUCGUCCCCGCCGUCGUGGAUUGGAUGGUCCGGGACGUGGCAGCUGUGGGGGAAACCGGUUACGCCCGAUGUCACGCUCCAACACCCUUACGGCGUGCAAGCUCGGAUCACGAAGACCUGCCCCCAUCGUUACCGAGUUUGGCACAACGCUCCGCGUCCAUGCCGCUGGAACAGGAGCUCCAGUCGGUUGGGAUGGACAUUGAUGAGGAACUCUUUGCGGAGACCGCAGAAAACGAUGAAACGGCCGCCGACGACGAAGACCUCUUGUCGGAUCGGUUUCAUUCGGUGGUCGAUUCCUUGCGUAUGUACGGCCCUUCCAACUUCAAUCACCGCACUCACGUCUUUUCGCCGACGGCGGCGUCGAAAAGUGGGGCCGCGGCCGAUAGUCUCCGGCGCCACGAAGCCCGGGCCGAAGCUUUGGGGCGUAAAGGUGCUACGGGUGGUGGUUUGUUCCUGGUACUACACCACGAUGACGUUCACACUUCACAGUCUUGGCUAGACGCGUUACGUGAAUUUCUGGGAUCUACCAAUUAUUAUACGGACACUUUGUUGGGUAAACUCAUCAAAGCGUUGAAAACGUACGGGCAGCUGAUCGUUUGGGGGACGAUGGAAGUCGCCACGGAGGUGGGCUGGACUCAGGUGCAACUUUGGAUGGAUGGUGACAAGGUGGCAUCGACAAGAAUUGGGGCACUCUUGCUGGAGCAUGCGAGCCGCUUAACUCGGCACGGGGCAUUUUGUAGUAUUUUGACCCGUGAGGAGCUGUGGUUGGAGCAAAAGGCAGUUGGCGUCUUGCAGUGGUUGUCCAAACUCGCCGAAUCCUGUCACCCGUUUUGCAAUACUGUUGCGGCCUGCAUUUUACCCAACCGCCAUCUAGUGCCUCUGCUCGAGGCGGAUUUCAAAAUGAGUGCGCGGGUUAUGAAAGCUUGGUAUUCGCUUUUGCUGACUUUGCUGGCGGUCCCGACCUUCAAGUCGCACCUGGCAGCGGCGUAUUGCGAUACAUAUCGGAGCGUGACUGCCAAAUAUGCGCGUGGUAUGGGCGUCUUGGAACGCAGUGGCUACCAAUUGUCGGUGCAGUUCUUGAACCGUGUGCAGUACGUGGUGGAUCUCGUCCAGGGUCGGGACUUGCUGGGAAAGUUGGGCAAGACUCUACUGGACACCUUGCUGGUUGCUCGCCGACCUCGGAACCUAAACGGGCGACUCAAUCCGAAUCAUCAUGUUUUGGCUCAUCGCCGAUAUUCGCCGUGUAUUUCUGAUCUCAAGUGCGUACUGAAUGUCAAGGGGAUGCCGCGGCUCUUUGCAGCCAAAGGGGGCACCUUUUUGGGCGACUGGAUUGAAGUCUUGAGCAUUGCACAGUUUAUGGAUCCACAGAGUUGGAGGCACUGGACUUUCGGACACGUCGAAGAUGAAUCUCGUGGAUGGGUGGGUGCGUUUAAUGCUAGCAUUUCGCUUGGUAGUAUUUUUGAACGCUUGCUAAGCUGGGAAGAUGAAGAGCCGUCGCCGAUCACCGAUUCGACUUCCCCUCUUUCACGAAAUCUCAUGCCUUGUCUCGAGCUUACGUUUCACAUUCUGGUGGAGGGGGUAUCUCGGUGGCAGAAAUCGGAAGUCUUAUUUUACGAUUCAACUCCAAACUCUUCCGUAAUCGAAGUCCACAAACGAUGUCCCGCAAGUCUUCCCUUUUCGACCAUUGCAGCACAACGAGGGACAGCACUGGCAAUGAGGCAGCUUCCCAUUUCCCAAGUUACCCCUUUUAGCUUUCACUUGCCUUUGCACCGAUUCGUAGCUGGAUGUAUACGAGAGCUGUGCCUACGGCAUCCCAGAUUCGUGCGUCGCUUUGGCGCCGCAACGGGCCUGCCCUGGGCGAUCAAGUGUUGA